AUGCUACAUUCUGGAGAGGUCAACAGGUACCUGUGGGCAUCUCGUCUCAGUGGAUUUCGCCCAUUUAAGGGUAGCCUGAUACCUUUCACAGUCUGCCCUAGGUCCUGCCUUCCCUCUGACAUAAAGCGCUUGACUCUACAAAGAAAGCAAUUACCAGAAAUUGGAACAACUAGGGUGAUCCUGCCCAGGUCCCUGGCACCAGCUUUCCAAAGGUUCUGUCAGGCCAGCCAUGCUUUGUCCCUGCUGGUCCAAAGUGAGCCAGAGACGUGGAUGCUGCCUGCCCCAGUCCGGUGCUGUUCCCAACAUCAAGCAGAGAGCCUGGGUCUCAUCUGGCCGUGGUCAGAUGCUACAGCCAGGUACUUCUUCACCGGGGGCCUCUGGGAUAACCAGCUGUUUAAGUUCUGGGAAGGGGUCCUCUCCAUCUGCAGAGCCCCAGCAGGGAGACAGGUUGUCCCCACUUCGGGAAAUCCCUGCACAGGCUGCCUGUCCUUACUGGAGGACUACUGGGAGCAGCUGAAGGACGUGGUGACCUCUGUCUUGGACUGCAGCUUCUCUCCGGAAGAGGCCUCAGAGAAGUCCAAGCUCUCCAGAGGAGACUCAGCAGGUCACAGUCACUCAGGAGCAUACAGGUCAGCAGUGCCUUGCACCACUGUAGCUGGUUUCCUGUGCCCCCUAGUGGUCACAGCGAAGCCCAUUCCCAAGGACAAACUGAAAAGCUGUUGUAAGUCUUGUUCCAUGGUGGGUGAUCAAGGACAAUUCAUCCACAUCAGUCACCCAGGAGAGUUACAUUUCCUUUUUUCACCUGCAAAAUUGUUGGGAAUCAAAGCACUUUAUAAACCUGACUAUGGCAGUCACGUGGCAGGUCAAUCAGGGGGUGAACCAGUGUUCUGGCCUUCUCAGCUGACCAGUCCUGAAGCUAUCGGCAGCUGCAAGGCUCCACUGGCUUUCACCAGUGUGCCAGGUUACACAAUCAUGACCUAUCUGAAAGACACAGAGACUCCAGCCCAGUGACUCACCCCCAAGACUGUUCCAGAAAUCUAUCUCAUUUCCCAAGACCCUUUGCACCACAGCAUUGUGUCAGCUUCAGCCGUUCAGAAGCUCAGAGAACUAGAGUUGACAAUUGCCAGACAGGCAGGAAACCAAGGGAUGGCCCUGUUCUGCAAAGUCAAGCUGCUGAAGGCCUCUCUGUCGCUGCCCCAUGCUUGCUCCAUACUGAUCAUCACCGGGUUGCCCACACAUUUCAAUGUCCAACCCCCGGAAGAGACAGAGCAUUCCCUGGAAGCCAUUGCUCUGGCCACCUUCCUGCAGGCCCUGGGGAAGGAGGUCCCUAUGGAGGUUGACCAGAGGGCCUUGACCUUGGUCACGACCCUUGCUGAUUAUGCUUCCUGGCAAGGUGUUCUGAAGACAGGGAUCCCGAUAGUAAUUUACCAAGGUGGAUCGGUGGAAGAUGCUCAGACCUUUCUGUGCAAAGAUGGGGACCCCAAGUUACCCAGCUACAUCAUAUCUCAUCCCAGCACGUGCACAAGGGAUGCCGGUGUCAAUAACUCCAAGGCCAUGAAGGGGGACAUAAAGCAUUUAGUUGACCCCAUUGAUGACCUUUCCCCCGCCGUUCAGAAGAUUCCUGGAAUCUCAUUAACGGAGUUGGUAGCAGGCAACCAGUUCAGGACGGGCAAAGUGAAGCAGGCUGUAAAGAGACACAUGAAUGGGGAUGUCAUCGCCUGUGAUAUGGAGACUGUAUUGGUUAUUGGCUUCGGCCAGGGAGAGAUCCCUAUACCUUUUGUGGUCACGAAAGUGUCCUGUGUUGAUGGCUGUGGUGGCUGUUUCUUUUCUAACUGGGGCAGCUACCCCAUGGCCUGCGCAUUAUAUACCCCAAACUCAUGUGAGACCUAUGGACAUUAUCUGAGGAAGGCAGCUGGACCCAGAGCACCUGGGGAGCAAAGCUGGGCACAGGCCCUGCCAUCUGUCAUUAAGAUGGGCCCUGUAGUCCAGGGCGAGGAAGGGCACAAAUCCACACAUGCAGGUAUGGAAACACAAGGGAGAAAUGAUGAAAAUGAUGCUGGCAAUGUUGUCCCAGUCCUGGGGUCUGAGCAGGGAGGUCUUGGCCCUGACACUGGGUCCACACUCACACACCUGCACCUGGAAGAGAAGCUGCUGGGCUCACCUUACAGGACACAGAUGACAUCAGUCACCUCCUUGGUGAACGUGCCAGGGGCAUUUGAACCUGGGAAACUGGGGCCGAGCUACCAUCACCAUGGUCUAGAGGAAGCUGCACACUCACUGCAUCUCAGCUGCUCCCUCAUCCACCCUAGACAGCGACAGCAGCAGGAUUUGUGGCUUGUGCCUCAGGAAGCUGAAGGUGGGGUCUGGGGGAAUGGGGGCCUCUGGUACACGCAGGCCUCGGGUGGAUCAUCGGGCUGGGCAGAGCUGGUUGGCAGGUCAUGGCCCAUGGUGCCCCUGCUGAAGGAUGAAUCUUUAGUGUUUGCAAGAAAACGCAGGUCUGCACAAGAGCGCAGGAUUUGGUGA